AUGUCCAAGGAACUCACGGCCCAGGGCAAGAAGAACAAGACCCCGGCCUCCGAUGCCGGCUCAAGCCAACCUCCUCCUGCCAAGCGCUUCUGGACCGAACCUGUCGUGGGUAAGGUCGUUGCUAUGAGGCGCCAUAAGGGCAAACAGAUGCCGACCGCUACCGGCCCCGCGCUCAAGCUUGGCUCCAGGCCUGAGGGCUCUGCCGGCUCGGCCAGGACCUCAACUCCUCCUCCUCAUUCCAGCCCGGCACCGUCUGGUGCCGGCAACACCUCUGCCUCCCCUCUGGGGGGCACAACAAGUUCGGGGCGCGCGGCCCCUACACCGCCAGAUCUCCGCGCGGAGGAGGACCUUGCCUCCCCUCCAGAGACCCAAGACACCCGCGCCAGCAACAUGGGCGCCGGAAAAGAACCUGCCGGGCGGGCGGAACCUUCAGUUCCUCCCGUCCUUGAGAAGAAGAAAAAGAAGAAGACUUCCUCCAGGGCCGCGCCGGAAACUUCCGUGCCGGCAACUUCAACACCGACACCGCCGCCGGAAACCUCUGCUCCUGAGGUAACCGGGGCCACACCAACGCCUCCACCGACCCAAGGACCUCCUGCGACUGCGCCCAAGCCGCCGCCCGCGAGCCUCAAGAUCACGGACUUCCUCAAGCCGGGGGCGUCCCGCGGAAAGGCCGCGGAUGGCAGCGCCUCAAGCGGCUCGCAGCCUUUAGUGCUGCACGUCGGGCCUGCCGCCGUUGUGGUCCAGGACAAACCUUCCGGCCUCUUGGGCCGGAUCGUCGAGCUGAAGCGCGGGGGCCAAGACUUGGGGCCUCUUCUACCCUACGCCCAAAGGUGGAACGAUGCGGACAUCUCCGCAGCUACCCGCGGCUUAGGGAAGGACCGCCUCCCAGCGCCAGAUCCUGCCGGCCCUCGGUCCACUGAAGAACACUUCACGCGGCUCAAGCGUGCCGUGAAGGAGUUUGACAGCGUGUGGUACGACGCCACCGCUAACGUGGUGGUAACUUUCCCGGAAGCCUCCCUUGAGGCCCUCAAAGCCCAGGUUGCCGCACUCCAAGCUGAAAAGGAGCAGCUCAUCCGGGAUCACCAAAAGGCCUUGGAGGCCCAGAAGGAGAUCUCCAGGGAGCUCAAGGAUCAGGCUAUCCAGGCCGGAAUCCGGCACGUUGAGGAACUGAAGGCCGCUGAGUCUGCUGCGGAGGCCAGGCUAAAUGAAGCGCUAGAGGAUGCCGGCAACGCCAAUGUGGUAUUGCAGGCCGAGCUGGAAGAGGGCGCCAAAGCGCUGAAAGCAGCCGAGGGCAAAGCCGCAAAGGCGCACAAAGCUGCCGCGGCGGAGGCCACCAAGGCCCAGAAGGCAGCCGAAGGCGAGGUCGCGCGAUUGAAGGCGGAACAGAAGAAAUACGAUCUUCUGGUUACGCGGACUGACGCGCUUGCCCUUCGGCUCUUUCCGGAUUCCCAGGCUCAUGCCAUAAAUAAGGUUGCGGAGCACGGGCGCAGCAGGCUGGCAAUAACUUAG